GGAAUUAUGACACAAACAUUCAUAAAACGAUUAAAAUUGUAACAAUCGGCACUAACCUUAAUAAACGGAACAAUUCAAACAGCCAAAAAGUCGAGUGAAGACAUAAAAUUCCAGAAUGUUCUCCCUGCCAUGAGAAGAGCGCUGUAUUAACGUCAUCACCAUGCGACUUAAGCGGUCCACAACAAAGCAGCAAGCGUGCGUGCUAGUUGCUAGAUUGCUACAACUCUUAACUGUUUUCGUCUACAUAAAAUGAUAAAAUGCCCGUGUGUUGGCUUGUCAGUCAAGAGGAAACGCAUAAACCAAUUAUUUUGCCGCACCUUCAGCCAGUUGUCCUGGGUCGAGGGCCGGAAACCACUAUAAAAGACAAAAAAUGCUCUAGGGAGCAAGUCGAGUUGAAAGCAGAAUGCAACAAAUGCUUUGUUAACGUUAAACAGUUGGGCGUCAACCCCACCUCCAUAGACUCUGAGGUAUUGGGUCAAGGGAAGGAGGUGAAAAUGAAGGCCGGCCAAAUGCUUUACGUUGUCAAUCAGCUGUACCCCUACACUGUACAGUUCAAGGAAGACAGCGGGGUUCUUUCUGGCAGCUGCAAACGACCAAUACAGGUGUCUUCAGUGGCUAAAGGGAGCCACGCAGAGGCUCCGAGUGUGAAAGCAGCCAGACAGACAGAACAAUCGUCUAGUUCUGUCAAAGCUGGAGAGUCGAGGGAGGUAAAUGAAAGUGUUGGACAUUGGAGCCAAGGGCUGAAGGCUUCAAUGCAAGACCCCAACAUGCAGGUGUUUAAGGACGAUAAAGUAGUGGUCAUCAAAGACAAAUACCCCAAGGCACGUUACCAUUGGCUGGUCCUGCCGUGGGAGUCCAUUGCUAGCCUGAAGGCCCUGCGCAAGGAGCACUGCAGCCUGCUGGAGCACAUGCACAAAGUGGCUGACCAGAUGGUGCAAGGGUGCCUGCAUACAAGCUCCCUAAACUUCCGCAGUGGCUACCACGCCAUUCCCAGUAUGAGUCAUGUGCACCUUCAUGUGAUCAGCCAAGAUUUUGACUCACCCUGCCUGAAGAACAAAAAGCACUGGAACUCAUUCACAACGGAGUAUUUUAUUGAUUCUCAAGAUGUGAUCCGUAUGCUUGAGGCAGAUGGAAAGGUUACAAUCAAAGAAGGCACCAGUGAGUUGUUGAAAUUACCCCUUCGCUGCCACCAGUGUUGCAAAGAGCUUCCCACUAUACCUGCUCUGAAACAACAUCUGAAGUCUCACUUUCCCAGCUAAGAGGGAUGCCCUCAAAUGCAACACAAUACCUCACAGUCACUUUGGCCAGGGGUGUCCAACCUUUUUCCAUCCAGGGCCACAUGCAGAAUGAUUUAAGAAUUUCGGGGGCGGCACAUUGAUAUUACUUUUGUUUAUUACCCUCCUAAAACCAAUUCAAUGUAGGUCGAAAUAUUCAAACCAGCUAAAUAUACUUGAAUAAAAACAGCCUUCAUCGCAGUUUUGUGUUGGAAGUGACAAAGCAAAACAUCCAUGUCCAUAAAGACAAAUGCUCUCUCAGAAUAUGCAAAUGGUUAAUAAUUUUAUGGUUCUUAUGCAUAUGUGUGAUGGCCACGAAACAACAUAUUGCCCCUGAAUUGGUGGAAGUUUGUUUACAUGAGUGCUUCAUAGUUCACACUACAGACAAAGCGAACAUUUAUUGUAUUCAUGAAACUGACUUAAAUACCUACCAUAAUAAAGAAAUUGU